AUGAAAAUUUUCACUUUUAAGAUGAACUUCUCAGAUGUGGUAAAGGUUACGAAUAGUUUGGCUGUUUUGUCGUCAAAUGGUAUUUACAUUGCUUCCGGUUCUCAGCACAAAGUUUUUAUUCGUAUAACAAACACGCUCCAAAUAUUCCAGAUAUACAGUUGUGUAGAUAUAGUGCAAAACAUAUUGUGGUCAGCAGACUCAUUGUUCAUUCUGACCAUCCUGAAACAUCGUGGAAUAGUUCAGAUAUUCUCCCUAGAAAAUCCGGACUGGACAUGCAAAGUUGACGAGGGUUCUGCUGGACUUCUUAAUGCUUUAUGGUCGCCUGAUAGCAGACACUUUUUGACAACAACUGAUUUUUAUUUGAGGAUAACCGUUUGGUCGAUAUCGGAAGUCUCCGUUUCGUAUCUGAAGUUCCCUAAAGCGUGUGCAAAUAAUUUGGCAUUUUGUCCUGGUGGUCGUUAUUUGGCUUUGCUUGAACGACGGAAUUUUCAAGAUCACUUAAGUCUCUUCGAUUGCAGACUUCAGUGGACUAUUCUUUGGAACAUGACGUUAGAAACUGAUGAUGCCGUGGGAGUUGUAUGGUCUCCAGAUGGACGCUAUAUCCUCGUGUAUGAUAACUGCUUAAGAUACAAAGUAUCUAUUUACAGUGUUGGUGGAAAACAUCUCAGUACAUAUUGUGCUUAUAAACCAACACAAGAGCUUCUAGGCAUCAAAUCUGUAUCAUGGUCCCCCACAGGGCAAUUAUUAGCUCUAGGGAGCUACGAUCAAAAAUGUCGUUUAUUAAAUGAUUUCAAUUGGACUUGUUUAGCUUGUCUAAAGCAUCCUGUUAAUAAACCAAUCGACCCUUCUCUCGGACUUAGUCCGAAUGGCCGUCCUUUAUGUGUUGAUAGUGAAGUUGAUGGAGAUUUAGAAACAUAUCGGGCACAUCGUAUUGAUAUUUACGAAGAAUUUCGAACAGGUGCUUCAUCAGAUUUAUCAAGCAAUUUUAAAGGUCGUCUAGAUUCAUCAUCUGUCCAGUACAAACUACUAAAUGAUGCUGUUACUAUUCAAUCAAUUAGGCCUGAUCCUAACCAAGCAUUUCCUAAAGUGGGAAUUGGUUUGACAGAAUUUUCAUCAGAUGGUCGAUUUUUGGCCACACGAAAUGAUAAUUGUCCGAGCGUGAUUUGGAUCUGGUCAAUUGAUCGUCGUUUAAGUCUAUUUAGUCUUCUAAUUCAUACUAGUGGUUAUGUAUCUUCUCUGAUGUGGGAUCCGAGGUGUUCUGCUCGACUUGCUUUGUGUACAGGUUCAGAUGCAGUAUUUUUGUGGACACCUCAAGGAUGUCUUGCAGUCCAGGCCCCAACACACUUCAAUUUUCUAAUUUCAUCCCUUGUCUGGCUUUCGACUGGAGACGGAAUACUACUACAAUCGGAGAAUGAAUUUUGUCUAUGCUAUCUAGAUUCUGGUGAUAAGUUUGAGAAACAUAAACCUCUUUGGAAGCCGCCUAAAAUCAAUUUGUCGACUGGAAAAUUGCAUCAGUAUGAAAUAAAAAAUUCUGAAAAUGAGCCCGAUCAUUGUUUGCCGUUUAAUAAUUCUGUUGAAAAUGAGGACUGCGAUUCUAUUUCUAACCCAUUUGGUGAAGAUGCUCCAAAUUGGCUAAAACAACACAGUAAGAUAUCCUCUGAUAUCACUGUAAAAGUUCGAAGAAGAAGUUUAUCUUCGUGUGAUAAACGUAAUGUUACGAGUAGAGAAUCAAAACCUUCUCGAGUUCUUUCCUCCUUAUCAAUCGGUCGACAAGCUUGGUUGGCUCCUUCCCCAAAUGUAAAACUAGCUAAAAAGUCAGCAAUUCAAAAUGCUAUUACAGCGAAACGAUAG